AUGAAGUUGUUCGCUACCCUCGCCGUCACCGCCUCUGCCCUCUCCCUCGACCACGAGAACUUCCAGGAGUUCAAGGAAUGGCAGGCUACCGUUGGCAAGGCCUACCAAUCUGAAGGCCAUGAGAUGCGAGGCUUCCAGAACUGGCUCGUCUCUCGACAGUUCGUCAUCGAGCACAACAUCCGAGCCUUCACCGGCCAGGAGACCUUCACCGUCGAGAUGAACAAGUGGGCCGAUCUCUCUGACGAGGAAUGGGUUGAGUACAACCGACUUCGAAACGGCGCCAAGGCUAGCUCUGACUGCACGCCUAUGCCAUCCAAUGCCACCCAGGCCAACCCCGACUCCGUUGACUGGCGAACCCAGGGAUACGUCACCGACAUCAAGGACCAGGGACAGUGCGGCUCCUGCUGGGCUUUCUCCACCACCGGCUCCACUGAAGGUGCUCACUUCAAGAAGACCGGAGACCUCGUCGCUCUUUCUGAGCAGCAGCUUGUCGACUGCUCCACCAAGGAGGGCGACCACGGUUGCAACGGUGGCCUUAUGGACUUUGGCUUCACUUACAUCAUUGAGAACGGCGGUAUCACCACCGAAGAGGCUUACCCUUACCACGCCCAGAACGGUGCCUGCAAAUCUGGCAUGACUGCUGCUGCCACUCUUUCCGAGUGCCACGAUGUCCCCCAGGGCUCUGAGGCCGACCUCGAGACCGCUGUUGCCACCGUUGGCCCAGUCUCCGUCGCCAUCGAUGCUCACCUUCUCUCCUUCCGACUCUACAAGCAGGGUAUCUACCACGACCGACUCUGCUCCUCCACUCGACUUGACCACGGUGUCCUCGCCGUUGGAUACAAGAACGCCGACUCUGGCAACUACUGGAUCGUCAAGAACUCCUGGGGAACUAGCUGGGGUAACGAGGGUUACAUCUGGAUGGCCAAGGACAAGAAGAACGGUUGCGGUAUUGCCACUGCUGCUUCUUACCCUAUCGCCUAA